AUGAGUAGAUCUGUGGAGUCUGCUCCGUCUGAGGGAUCUUUUGAUGACAAUAGAGAAGGAAUGAAUCUAGAAAGAGCGUCAGAAAACAAGAGAGAGAUAGAAGCGGAUGUUCAACGAAAAGAUGUAGGUGUACAAGUGAAUAUGGAUGAUGAAUCUUUAGGUUUUGAUCAGACCAAGGAUUCUAGGAUAGGAGAGAAUGAUCCUUCCUUAUGGAGUACAGCUUCCUGGAAAGGAGUGAAGUGGGGGAAAACUCCUAAGAAAAAGGGUAGAGGCCUUAAGGGGACAAAGAAAAGGAAAUUCGGGAAUAGCAGUGUUGGUCCAAGUUCUGACAUAGGCAAGCCACAAUGUUUGAGGAGAGCUAGAAUGAGUCGUUCUGUGGAGUCAGAUCCAUCAGAGGGAUCUUAUGAGGAACAUAGAGAAGAAAUGAAGCUAGAAAGAGCAUCAGGAGAUCAGAGAGAGAUAGAAGUAGAAAGAAAAGAUGUAGGUGUACAGGUGAAUAUGGACGAGGAAGAUGACCAGAAUAGGAAGACUGAAAUGUCAGGUGUAGGAGAGAGUGAACCCUCCACUUGGAGUACAGCGACCUGGAAAGGAGUGAAAUGGGGGAACACUAGCAAGAAAAAAGUGAGAGGCCUUAAGGGGUCAAAGAAAAAUAAGAGGCUAGGUUAUGAUGUUGGUGUAAGUUCGGGUAGAGGCAGAGCAAAAUGUGAGAGAUGUGGAAGAAUGCAUAAAGGAGUUUGUCUUGCAGGGACGACAGCUUGUUUUAGAUGUGGUCAGGAGGGACAUAUGAUGCGUGAGUGUCCUAUUGCGCUUCGCAUAGUUCAGUCCCAGCAGACUUUAGCAGAUAGAAUGGCUCCGGCCAAUAGGCAAGAAAGAGAGGCAACCACAUCUGCUACCUCUGUGCCAGAAUGGUACCUGCAGAGAGAGAGCGGAGAGCUAUCAGAGAGGCUUGGUAGUUAA